AUGGAUUAUCGACAAUCAAGAAUUUCGAAAUAUUAUUCAUCAUCAUUUGAUCGAUGGAAUGAAAGACUAUUCGAUAGAUUAACGGAUCGAAAUUUUCGUCAAUCAGUACGUUAUGUGAUCUUUAUGGAUUUGAAUGAUUCAUUUAUAAUAAUCACAAAAAAUUGGCGCACAUUUGUUUAUGGACCGCAAGUAUGUGCAUGGCUUGGUUUAGCACACCAAUAUUCAAGUGUGAACGAAAUUGAAGAAUUGAGAUAUACAGAACUAAAGCAGGUCGAUUAUGGAAAUAAAUUUUUUGUUGUAUUGACCGCAGAUGGAUACGUAUAUAUGGCUAGCCGUAAAUUUUCCGAUUGGAGAACUGAUCGACAAUUGAAAUUGAUAUCUAUUGAAAGUUAUCGUAUGAUUAGUUGUGGCUUUGAACAUAUCUUAUUAUUGCGUGAAGAUGGUAAAUUAUUUACCAUGGGCGAUAAUUCUUUUGGUCAAUUGGGUCGUAACAAUGAUUCAUCAUCAUCAUUUACCUAUAUGAUUGAUACUGGCUUGUCACAUGUGAAAAGAAUCGCUUGUGGUUCUGAUUUUUCCAUAGCCAUGACAGAUAAUGGAGUGUAUUCUUGGGGUGAAAAUGAAUGCGGACAAUUAGGUAUCAAUCAUGUUUACCAGCAAAAUACGCCUAAAAAAAUCAGAUUCAAUAGAGACACUGAUGGACAUCAAAUUGUUGAUAUCGUUGCUGGUGACACAUAUACAAUGUUUCUAUUUGACAAUGGAAACGUUUAUGAAUGUGGGAAUUCUAAUUGUUUUCCAUACAACAAGAUUUUCCCUGAACGAAUGCAGAUCCAUAACAUUGAGGCCAUUGCCUGUAAAAAAUUCGAAAAUUUGGCCAUAUUUUUCAAGUCAAACGCUGAAUCCUAUGUUCUUCUUAAUUUUCAUGAACCAACACAAUAUUUAGGAUUCAAAACAUUUGAUGAUGUAUUUCAAUAUGUCAAACAAAAUCUACAUUCAUUCAUUCCAACCUUUUUAAAUAGUCCACAAUUACAACAACAAUCGAAUCGAACAAAUGGAUCAACUGUGCCAACAACAUCAACGUCAACAGCAGCAGCAGCAGCGACAAGAGGAAACAUAUCCACCAAUAAUAAUAAUGACCGUUUAUUACGUUCAAUAUGUUUGAAUAUGAGACAAUUGCACCUGAGUGGAUUGGCAGUAUCAGCAAUAGCAAAAACACCAACGACAAGCAUUUCCAGGAAUAAUGAUGACCAUUUUAAUGGAUUAAAAACAUUUGAUGAUGUUCGACGACAUAUAUUUCAAGAUGUCUCACAAACUCCACAUUCAUUCAUUCCAUCUUUUUUGAAUAAUUCACAAUUACAAAAAUCGAAUGGAACAAAUGGAUCAAAUGUACCAACAACAUCAACAUCAACACAGCAUCAGCAGUGACAAGAAAAAACAUAUCCACCAAUAAUAAUAAUGACCGUUCACUAUGUUCAAUAUGUUUGGAUAGAGAAAGACAGAUUGUUUUUUUUCCCUGUUGUCAUCUAACUUCAUGUGAACAAUGCUCAAUACAGAUGAAAAAUUGUCCAAUAUGUCGAAUUGAUAUCAACACCAGUUUGCGUGUUUAUCUUGCUUGAUAUGUUUACAUUUUGAUGAAAUUGGAUUCUUUGUCU